CAGAGCCACGCUCACACCUUCGUCACCGGAAACGAGAGGAAGAGAGGCCAGGCCGCUCCCUGGCUGAAGUUAACAGCGGAGAAGAUAAACUAGAACUACGAGAAGGCGGUCGAGUUCCUCGUUGCAAUUUCGUGCUACAGAAGGCAGAAGGAAGAAGAAGGAUCAAUGAGCGCCAUAUCAUUCGGAUGUCGUUUGCCGUCGUUUCCUCCCUCUCCUUCUUCCCUCCAGAACCCUUCCAAGACCCUCUUCAUGCCCUUCCCCCAUCCUCCCAACACGAAAGACGCAGUGAUGAGGGUUCCUUCUUGCACCUCGAAGCAAGGAGAGCCUUCUUCGACGUCGGCGGCGGCUGACUUAGAUAACAGCGAUCCGUUUGCCGAUGCCAACGACGGGAAUGCCCCUGGCCGGCAAGCUUGCGUCGAAGCUGACACCGAUAAGGACGACAACGGGUCCCGGGAAACGACUUUCUCGGCAAGUUCUGUCAAUCGAAGCUCCAGUGAGCGGGCGACGAAGGAGUCGCUUGUCAUUAGGAGGCCUGUUAUGGAUGCUGUGACGGCCGAAGAUCCGGAAGCUUCGGGCAGGAUUGGGGAAGGAGAGGAGAGCAUCGACGGAGUUCCUUCUUCGUCUUCUUCUUUUACUUCUUAUGAACCGGAAGUUUCUGGUCCGGAGAGGGUUCGCGGUAACGUGGAGAGGCCCCUUCGGAUCAACCUGGAGCUUGCGUUGUACCGCGCUAAGAUUCUGACGAGGAACCACCAAUUCGAUGAUGCGGAGAAACUCCUUAGGCAGUGUAUGUAUUUUUGGCCAGAAGAUGGAAGACCGUAUGUGGCCCUCGGUCGAACAUUGAGGAAGCAGUCAAAGACCAUGGAAGCUAGGGCCGUGUACGAGCAAGGCUGCCAAGCAACGCAAGGAGAAAACUCUUACAUCUGGCAGUGUUGGGCCGUUUUGGAACAAAAGGUUGGAAACAUCCGAAGGGCUAGAGAAUUGUUUGAUGCUGCUACUGUGGCUGAUGAAAAACAUGUUGCAGCUUGGCAUGGAUGGGCAAUUCUUGAGAUAGAACAAGGGAAUAUAAAAAAGGCUAGAAACCUUCUUGGGAAAGGACUUAAGUGUUGUGGAGCAAAUGAGUAUAUAUAUCAGACACUUGCUUUGCUUGAAGCCAGAGGAAACAGGACUGAUCAAGCGCGCUACUUCUUCCGACAAGCUACCAUAUGUAACCCCAAAAGCUGCGCAAGUUGGCUUGCAUGGGCACAAAUGGAGGUGCAGCAAGAAAACACUAUCGUUGCUAGGAAACUGUUUGAGAGAGCAGUCCAGGCUAGCCCAAAGAAUAGAUUUGCUUGGCAUGUCUGGGCUCUCUUUGAGGUCAAAGAGGGUAAUAUUGAUAAAGGAAGGAAGCUUCUAAAGAUAGGCCAUACACUCAACCGCAGGGAUCCUGUUCUUCUUCAAUCACUUGCUCUGUUAGAAUAUAAGCAUUCAUCUGCAAACCUUGCUCGUGAACUGUUCAAACGAGCAGCCGAUAUAGAUCCGAAGCACCAACCAGUUUGGACUGCUUGGGGCUGGAUGGAAUGGAAAGAAGGCAACAUAAGCACAGCACGGAAACUUUAUCAAAAGGCACUCUCAGUUGAUUCUACAAGUGAAAAUGCUGCACGCUGCCUUCAGGCUUGGGGUGUCCUAGAGCAGAGGGUUGGAAAUCUGACUGCUGCCAGGAGGCUCUUUAGAUCCUCAUUGAAUAUAAAUUCACAAAGUUAUGUUACGUGGAUGACAUGGGCGUCAUUAGAAGAACAACAAGGGAAUGCAGUACGUGCAGAGGAAAUCAGGAACCUCUAUUUUCAGCAGAGAACUGAAAUUGUGGAUGACGCUUCGUGGGUUAUGGGUUUUCUGGACAUGAUUGACCCUGCGGUGGACAGCAUAAAGAAACUUCUCAAUUUGAACAACAGUUCUUUGAAUGAGGAAGCUAUCCAGGAUGCAAUAAAGCAGGACAACUACAGCAACACGGGGACGAGCUCCGUUCCCACUAGCGUGGCGGAGGAAAAUAGUCAUUACGGAAAUGACUCUCCAGGGGGUUUCGAUGUCGAUGCUUUUGUCAGAGAUAAACUCUCUCUUGACCCCUCGCAGUUGGAAAUUCCUGCAUCAGAGUCCCAGAUUAAGAAGAUUAGGCCUCCAAGAAGGACAUGGGAAGCAACUCCACACAGCUACUCAACUCCGACAGUGCGAUCGUGAUACUUUACCCUGGCUUUUCAUAAAGGCAAGCUUCAUCCCACAAAAUUUGAACAGUGACUGCACUCAAGCAGAUCAUUAUAUUGUCAUCCUGUAGCUUCCAUUGUGUAUCGUCCCGUGCUCACUUUGAAUCCAGAUAAGUGGUGAAUGCUCGUGGUUGACCAUCUCAGUUAAAACGUUUGCUCUCCA